AUGCUCGCCUCACACAGGCGCAUGCCCCUGCUGCGUCGUCUGCUUUCGCUGCGCGGCGCGGAUGUUGACGCAGUCCUCUACAGCGAACUCCGCGCGCUGCUCGCUCUGCCUGUCUCUCUCGCAGAGGCGGCGUCGCCGCUCGCCCAACGCGGCACCGCCCCUAGCGUUCUGUCGCCGUCCGCAGCUCUGCUGCAAAACGAGGCAACGAGGAGAGAGGGAGCGAUCAGCGUGGCACCUUCUGCAGUCACCCGAGCAGAGAGCCUCGACGCAAGGCGAGUCAAUUCUAACGGCGACGCGGGGAACGACGAGAGCCCUUGCGGGCGCGCGGAUCCUUCCAGACUGCGAGGCGACCACAGCAAGCGCGUCGACUUCAGUUCAGCGGCGCCGGCGGCGCCUGCCGAGAAAGAGGAACACGCGGCGUGGCCGUGGACGUCUUGCCCACGCGCCCCCGCUGAAGGCGAGUGCGGCGAGCGGAGAGGGCGCGAGCAGCCUCAACACCCUGAAGCAGCGGCAGACGCCUACGACGGGAGGCGCCUCGGGGCGGGCGCGACUCACGCACGGGCGAACGAGGACGACAGGCACCGAUCCGACUCAGGGAGUACAGGAGUACAGGCCGGCAGGCGUCACGUCGCCAUGAAGGGUCACACUGCCGAAGAGGGCGACGCGCUUCUUGCUUGCCUCCUCGACGCCGUAGAGUACGCAGCGGGUCUCUGCGGUGCGAAGGUCUCCGCAGCGAAACACAGUGCGCCGCAGGCGCCCCCCCGCGAACCCGCAACGGAAUCUGGCGGCGACCCGCGAGGCGCCCAGAGCGCGGAUGCGUCGUUCGUAUCGUCGCCGUUCUCAGUCUCGCCGUUCCCGUCCGCCGCCUCAUGUCUAUCCACUAGGCCCCCGCAUGCAUCGUCGUGCUCGUGCUCAUGUUUGAGGCGCGCGUCAGCUCCUUCCGCUGUGCGCUGGGCGCCUGCAGCGUCGCAUCCGUCGCCUACGGGCUCUUGCCCCUCCGAGGCAAAUCUUGUGGCUUCGCCGACAGGAUUUCCCUCGAGAGUCUCUUCACCGGCAGCGUCUUCAUCGUCGCUCCUCUUUGAAGCAAGUUCCGGGCAGCAAGCCUGGAGCGGAAACGCGUCGAUUUCGCCUCCGACAGCUGCGCCCUCGUCCAGUGUGGGGGUCUGCAGGCUCGCAGCGCCGAGCCUCACUCGCGCGCUGUCUGCGCGGCGUUACUCCCAGCCGAUCUUCCGCGCCACCUGGGCGCCUGAGGCGGAGUUCGAGCGCAGGCAGCAGCACGUCGUCACGCGCGUGAGUCGCCUGAAAGAGAAAAUAUCUCGGCUGGCAAACGCGAUGAGUCGGGAGCUUCCCUGGAGUGAAGGCUGCGCGACUUGGGACGAAGCGCACGCGCGCCGCGCGGCGUCGUGCUCACCUCAGCGGCAGCGCGCCGACUCUCCAUUCGCUGCUCCGCAGAUGGAGGCCCAUCUGCCUUUCGCCUCGCCCUCAGAGUCGUUCGCGCUUUCCGCCGCGUUUACUGACUCGCCCGUCGCGGCGCCCUGGAGGCUUGUGGCUCGCCCACAUGCCAUGUCUCCUUCUCCCUGGCCUGCGUCGUCGCCUUGGCUUCUGCCGCGAAUCCAGUUUGAGGCCGCGGUCGCCACCCCUCCCUUCGCACCUCGCGCGGGAGCGACAAGCCCCGCUUUUCCGCCGGAAGCAGCGGACGCGAAGACCGACGAACUGAGGCUGAGGGAGUGGCGCUGCUGGGAUGCCGGCGAGCCAUACGCCGGCAACGCCACAGAUACAAAGGCCUGCGAAGGAGAAGGAACCUCUGCAGAGACGGAGAGAGAACAGAGACAAAGAGGGAGACAAAGGCACAACCGCGGCACGAGCGCUUGGCCGCCUCCGCGACGCAUCGCCGACUGUGAGUGGACGGGUGGCGACGGAGCCCGAACGACCUCUCCAGCGUCGGAGUCCAGUUUCAGCGUGCUGCCGAGAUCAGCGAAAAUAGUGGAACGUCUCACCGACUUGCGACUUGCGCAGGGAACCAGACGCUCGGACAAGGGAGAGAGCGCCUCUGGCCUCGCAGAGCUCGAGCGGAGUCCUGAGCAGAAGGUGCCUCGGUGUGCCUCUCCGGGGAGCAGCCCGACAGGAAUCCUCUCUCUCCAUCAGGGGCUUCCGAAGGACGCUCCGACCGACGCAUCGAGCCUGGGGCAAACUGCCGUCGACGGAAGCUUCGCUGGCGACGCGGUGGCCUUAUGGAAGCUCCCAGAGCCUGACAAGUCGUCGCCGCGAGAAGGGCGACAGCCGCGCAUGCGGGCGAGUGUGAACGACGGCUCUAGCGCAGGCAGUUGCAUGCGGGAGAGGGAGUGUCUCAAUACAGAGAAGCAGUCUCAGAACGGGCAGCAGCGGAUUUCGGCGGAAAGCGAGCCGCACGCAUGCGGAGGGCGCGAUGCUGCGAGUAAGAGUGUUGCCUCCCGGAGCGGACGACAGGGGGAAAUUUGUCAAGAAAGGGACACAGGCGCGAACGCAAACGACCUUUUCUCACAACCGGGAGGCGGGGGUCCACAGCACGAGUUGACGCCAUCGGCGGGGAAGAACGCUGAGGAAACAAAUGCCAAGCAGUGCUGCAAAAGUCAGCACGAGGAGCCGGCUGGAACGACAACGCAUGCGGGCGCCUGCAACGAAGAUAACGCGUCACUGGCGAUCUCUCCGCUGGGCUCCGGCAGCGAUUUGCACCAGCGUCGGGCGCGUCUGGUGAGGCAGGAAGCGCGGCUCUCCCUCGUGGCAAAGAAGAUUCAGAUUCUGCAGACCAGCGCGGAGACGGCAUGCAGCGAGGCGUGCCUGCGAAGCAUCCUGGAGGAGCAACUCGCGCUGCUCAGGGAGCAGCACGAGGCUGCGCGCGAAGAGAAACCGGUGAAGCGGCCUUAA